CAUCCUGACUCUACAGGAUAAAGAACAGAGCUUAGACAAACCAAGAAAACAACUACAAACAACAUUAAAGGAACCUGAAGACAACUUUAAAACAACUUUAAAKGAACCUAAAGACAACUUUAAAACAACUUUAAAGGAACCUAAAGAAAACUUUAAAACAACAUUAAAGGAACCUAAAGACAACUUUAAAACAAYUUUUAGGAAACAAUAACUGGUUGGAUUACAACUCGAAGAGACAAGGAAUUGUUUUUCCUACAGAUUCCACUCUGUAUUAUCAUUAUUAUUAUUAUUUACACUCCUGAAGAACAAUAUAAUUUAUUAUUUUGACCUUUUUUUAGUUUUUCUUCUCAAACAAAGAUGGCUGCUUCAUCUUCUUCUUCCACCCUUACCCUUCUUCUCCUCCUCAUCCUCCUCUCUCUGUCACUGAGUGUGGAGUCUCGACUCUCGUCCCAACCCUCGCCCCGACCCUCACCUCGGAAACACGACACACAGGUACUAGAUAAUCGCUUCAGCGCUCAGCUCCGCUCUCUGAUCCUCAACCAACCAGACAUCACCUCUGAAGGUUCCACAUCUGGCCCCUCCCAUUCCUACCACCCUCCCUCCCAGGGAUUGGCUGGUCGUGGCAUGGGGGCGGGUCCUGUGGUCCCCAGGUUGUUCCUAGACUUUCUGCGCCGACAGAGGAUGUUCCGUGGGGGGAGCAGGAGGAGCGCCACCGCCAGGGGAUGCUUCGGCAUGAAGGUGGACCGCAUCGGAUCUAUCAGCGGUCUGGGAUGCUGAUUGGACAACCGCCAGUGGCCUUGUGUUCUGAUUGGCUAUCUUUCACCCCACUACUUCCUGUGUGUGUCAGAGACCGAGGGAAGGCUGGGAGAUCUCUAACUGACAGACGGAUUCCCAUCCCUUGAUAUCUAACCCCUGAACUAUGAACUGUGAUCCUGUGUGACUGUAGAGGUCAUCUCCCUAAACCCCACGUGACCUAUAGGUGGUCUUCCAUGUGAGAGCUGAUACUAAUGACCUUUGACCUCUAACCCCUGGCUCUGUUACAGCCAGUACAACUAACCUAUGGGGUGUGUGUAUAAUGUGUGGGUAUAGUGUGUGUGUGUAUGUGUGUGUGUGUAUAAUGU